AUGGACUUGUGGAGGGCGCACUUCACGAAGGAGGAGUUCGCAUCCAUGGUGGUCUUCGUGCCGGAGGAGGGCACAUCAUCGGGGACCCGUCGGGAGACUCGCGCAAAGGAGGUAUUUCGAUGUGGGAGGAACGCUGCAAGGAGUGCAGUUGGAGGUUUCGCUGUCGGAGCUGCAUGCAAAGCAGGAUCGCAUCGCGGUCCUCAGUCACCGGGUGAUCUUGCAAUUGGAAGACAGCGAGAAGGAUUCUCUGGCCGUAAUGUUGGAUCGGGUCGUCAGCGACGCUGCCGACGCAGAGUGGCGGUUGAGGAGGCUCACCCAGGCAGCUGCAACGUUGACUUCUUGACGAAUUGA